AUGGUGGACUUCUCUGAUCUCACCGACGAGCUGCUCAUCAAGAUCCUGUGGCGCACGCUUCGGCUUUGCUCGUUCUUGCUGCUGGCAUGCAUGUUCUUGUACCAGGCGUCGCGUAUCACCGAUGAGUACCUCGCCUACCCAACCGCCGUGGAUGUCAAGAUGGAGGGGCAAGGCACGCUCAAGUAUCCUGGUAUCAGCUUCUGCGUCACCAAUUGGUUGAGCAAGGAGAAGUUUUGUGACAAGUACGAGACGGCAUGCAACUUCUCGGAUCCAAAUUGGCGUGACCAUAUACUGAACAUAUUGUUGACGGAGCCUCAUCUGAGCAGCGUGGCCAUUGAACCGGAUGAUUUUAUACAGUUUGGGUUUCUGAAUCCUACAUUUUAUUUCGUCGAGACGUACUUCCGCAAAGAGGCGGUGCAACAGUCUUUCUCCAAGCUCCCCAAGCACAUGUGCUUUACCAUUGACUGGAGAAAAGAACAGUUUAUGAAGUUCGUUCAUCAGAAUCCUCUCAUAUUCCGCGGCUACAAACGCCCUCCUGACGCCCUGUCCUCCGGUACCUGA